AUGCCUUCCCUCGAUGUGAGUGAAUUGAACAUUGUGAUUUCAAUACUUGGCGCUUUUAUCAUCCUCUAUGGAUUCAUAUCAGUGAAAAUCAAACAAGUAUGGUUCUUAGGCGAAGCAUUGCCUGCCGUACUGUUCGGCGUCAUCCUUGGGCCCCUGGCUGCGCGGUUCAUUGACGCUGAGCGCUGGGGCUCGGCUGUGCCCGACCAAAAGGAUGCGAUUACGUUGGGCGUCACACGCGUGAUGAUCGGCUUACAGCUGGUUAUCGCAGGAUUCCAACUCCCUGCGAAAUAUCAAAUGACACGCUGGAAGGACAUGUUGCUCUGCCUGAUUCCCAUAAUGACCGUUAUGUGGCUCUGCACGACCGCCUGUAUCAUGGCCACCAUCCCAAACCUGACGCUUCUUGCGGCUCUUGUCAUCGGCUCCUGCGUCACCUGCACAGAUCCUAUCCUCUCACAGGCCAUCGCAAAGGGCCCAUUUGCUGAUAAGUACGUAGCGCGUGACCUGCGUGAGAUUAUCUCCUCCGAGGCUGGCGCUAAUGACGGGUUCGGGUUCCCGUUCCUGAUGCUGGCUGUCUAUCUGAUGCGUCAUUCCGAACUUGGCCCUGAAGUCACGUCGCAUGACGGCCUGGAACGGCGGAGCAACGAGGUUGGGAGACUCGGUGGUGGUGUUGGCGUCGCCCUUGGCAACUGGGCGGUCGAGACAUGGCUAUAUAUUGUCCUGAUGUCCAUCGCUUACGGCGCCUUGGUCGGCUGGGGUGGCGGAAAGAUUGCGAAGUUUUGCUUGCGCAAGAAGUGGAUCGACUCCGAGUCCUAUAUUCUAUUACCAACCGCCAUGGGUCUCUUCCUCGUCGGGACCUGCGGGUCUCUGGGCACAGACGAUCUCCUCGCAUGCUUCGUGGCUGGUAACGGGCUCAACUGGGAUGGCGAGUUUCUUGAGGAGAUGGAGAAACGACACGAUGAGGUCAAUUCGUGCGUCGAUGUGUUGCUCAACUUUGGCGGCUUUAUGUACAUCGGCACCAUUCUGCCUUGGAGCGAGUUUCACCAACCGGAGUUGACGGGUAUUACAUAUCCGCGGCUGUUUGCGCUUGGCUUCCUGGUGCUUGUGCUGCGGCGGAUCCCGGCCAUACUGAUGUUCUACAAGUGCAUGCCAAAGGUGUGUCGCAACAUCAAAGAGGCGCUCUUCAUGGGGUACUUUGGCCCUAUCGGUGCCGGCGCCGUCUUCUACCUCGAGCACACCCGCCAUCUCUUCCCGGAGAUCGGCGAGGGCGAUGCUGGGGAAACCAAUUUGAUCCGUGCUAUCGGUCCGGUGGUCUAUUGGCUUGUGCUCUUUUCCAUUGUAGUGCAUGGUCUUUCGAUUCCGGCCCUCAACCUCAUCUAUCAGUUCUAUGGCGUGCAGCCUAUCAUGACCGACGCCGUCGAGAUCAAGCGCCAUAGCGUCUACAUCCCGCCGCCUGUCAAUGCGGUUCCCAACAACUCGCAAACCUUCCUGGCAUACAACCGCUUCUUCAGACCCGUAUUCAACCAGGCCGCCCUCCCUACGUUUGAGGACCGCGACGGUGGCAAGCCGAGGGACGACGAUACAGACAGCUUUGUCGCCAUUCUCGAAAAAGCUCGAUGA